AUGGCUCCCAGGAGGAGAGCAAACACCACCGCAACAGCCAGAGAGCCCGCCAGGCGCAGCGCAAGGCUGGUCGCAGCCGCUGCGCGAGCUUCAGGCGCCCCAAGAAGAUCCACGAUAAGAAUCAACCCAGCAGCGGAAGCACGGCGUAGAGCAGCGGCCGAAGCAGCAGCCGCAGCGAUAGAGGCAUCACCAGAACCCGAAGAUAUCCCUGCAGCACCAGAAUCAACUCCACCACCAGAAGGGUCACCCUCGCUUGGGUCCCCUACUCCCCCAGCGGAAGAUACGAACUUCCUCGCCUACACGACGAGCUACCGCACAAUCCAAUACGGCCCCCGGGGAGAGCGCGAAGAGCGCCGUCUGAAAUGCAUGCUCGUCGUGGCGAGACCGCCUCCGCACGUCGAGAGUCGACUGCGAUAUUACGCCUCGUUCUUCCUCGACGGCGAGAACGGCUCCGAGGACGGGCCCAAGGUAGCGGUCAUGAGCAGCUACCGCAUCGACAAGCGCACAACGAACGCCCCCAACGCCAAAGCCAGCUGGAUCGACGACUACCUCACCGUGCCAGACCCCAACGCCCUCUCUGCCGAUUCGCGCGAGCUCGCCAAACUGCUACGAUCGGUCUUCAAAGUCGACGGCGUGGCGAAGCACUCCAUCCGCGCUCUCCGCAACCAGAUGAACCGCCGCGGCGUCAUGGUCAUCGACGUCGUAAACGUCUUUCCCGCCUUCCAGGGGCGGGGGUUGAUGCGAACCAUCCUGCAAAUGUUCCGGGCCGCGCUGCAGGAGCUGCCGGAGUGGUUCGUUUUCCGCGAUGUGUUGAUUUUGAAUAACGCGCGGUUCACGGGGGAGAUGGGGGAUACGUGGGGCGAGAUGACGGAUGAUGCGGUUGCUAAUACGUUGAGGAAUAUGUAUGAGAGGAUGGAUAAUUAUCAGUGGUGUGGGAAUCAGACUGCGUGGGGCGAGAUGAUGGGGAUUAUGGCGCGUAUGGUGCAAGAUGCAUAG